AAAGAGUGCAUGGUGCUUGAGGUGGGAGGAUGUGAUGACGUUGUGCCCCUGCACAGCGGGAACUUGGGCCUUUAAAAAGCUGAGGAAACAGUCUGAGCAGGCAGUGGCUACACUGGAGGAAAGCACACCCAGAUCUCACAUUAAAGAAGCCAAACUGUCUGCUUCAAAGAGAAAAGGCAACAUCCUGUCACAGGCCAUGCUCUGGCAAAAACCCACAGCUCCAGAGCAAGCUCCUGCCCCACCCCGGCCAUACCAGGGUGUUCGUGUGAAGGAGCCAGUGAAGGAACUGCUGAGGAGGAAACGUGGCCAUGCCAGCAGCGGGGCGACAGUUACACCUACUGCGGUGGUGCUCCCCCAUCAGCCCCUGGCCACCUACACCACAGUGGGUCCUUCCUGUCUUGACAUGGAGGUCUCUGCCUCCACAGUGACGGAAGAGGGGGCCCUGUGUGCCGGCUGGCUCUCUCAGCCAGCCCCCACCACCCUCCAGCCCCUGACCCCAUGGACGCCCUACACCGAGUAUGUGUCACAUGAAGCUGUCAGCUGCCCUUACUCGGCUGACAUGUAUGUGCAGCCAGUGUGCCCCAGCUACACAGUUGUGGGGCCCUCUUCUGUGCUGACCUACGCCUCCCAGCCACUCAUCACUAAUGUCACGACAAGAAGCGCCGCCCCGCCCACAGUGGGGCCCCAGUUGGAGGGCCCAGAGCACCAGGCACCCCUCACCUACUUCCCGUGGCCUCAACCCCUGUCUACACUGCCCACCUCCACUCUGCAGUACCAGCCUCCGGCACCAGCCCUUUCCGGGCCCCAGUUUGUCCAGCUCCCCAUCUCUAUUCCUGAGCCGGUCCUUCAGGACAUGGAAGACCCUAGGAGAGCCAUCAGUUCCCUGACCAUCGACAAGCUGCUUUUGGAGGAAGAGGAUAGCGAUGCCUAUGCGCUGAACCACACGCUCUCCGUGGAAGGCUUUUAGGGCUGGCUCCCUCCCACCUGAGAAUCCUGUUCCCUGGAAAUGGGAUUGAACCUCAAAUUCAUAUCUGUGGGGAGUAGCCAUUUCAUAACUACACUUUUUACCCAAAGCUAGAAUUGUAGAUUGACAUAAUCCUCAUUCCCUCCCUCCCUCCCUCCCUC